UCACCGCACGUGACCGACCGACACUUACACAUAGACCAACUACUACUACCCCAUCUCUUCUCUUCUCUGCGUUGUGUCGUUGUUUCCAUUUCGGCAAUGUCCGAUUUCACAACCCUAAGCUCCGAUCUCAUAGCCUCAAUCCUUUCACUUCUCCCAAUCCCCACUCUCAUCAGAGCCUCCACCGUCUGCAAACAAUGGCACUCUCUCAUCUCUUCCUCUUCCUUCUUCACCCUUCACUCCCUCCAACACCAACACCAACCUUGGUUCUUCAUCCAUGGCAUCCACAACAUCUCCUCCAAAAACAACCAAUCCUUCGCCUUCGACCCUUCCUCUAACUCAUGGCUCCUCCUCCCAACUCCAACCACCCCGCAACAGCAACACCAACCCAACACCUCCUUCAUCGGCACCACCUCGUUUUUCUUCAUCACCGCGCCGAAUUUCCUCUACACCCCGAUCCUCCGCCCCCACUGGCACGCCGCGCCGCCGCUUCACUACCCCAGAAUCAACCCUCUUCUCGGUGUUUUCCAUGAUGAUAAAUCUCGAUCUCUUCAAAACCCUAAGUUCAUUGUUGUCGGUGGUGUUAGGUUUAUUGGGAACCUGGUUGAUAUUGAGGACCGUUUGGAUGUUGAGAUUUAUGAUCCGCUUUUGGGUUAUUGGGAACUGGGUCCUCCUCUUCCUCAAGAUUUCAGAUCUGGGAACUCGUCUUCUUCGUUAUCCUCUGCUUUGUUCAAGGGAAGAUUCUAUGUUUUUGGGAUUUACUCUUGCUUUGUUUCCUCAUUCGAUCUGCACCGUCGUGUUUGGAGUGAGGUUAGGAUUCUGAGGCCACCUGGGGUUGUGUUCUCGUUCUUGAUUGCGUCUAGGGAGACGCUGGUUCUGGCUGGGGUUUGCAAUUCCAAUUCGCCUCGUGGGUCUUCGUUUAAACUGUGGAGGGUUGAUGAGAGGACUAUGGAGUUCAGUGAGAUUGGAGUGAUGCCUCAUGAUUUGCUUUUGAGCUUGUUUGAUGGUGAUGAGGAUGAUAGGUUUGCUAGCUUGAAGUGUGUUGGGUUGGGUGAUCUUGUGUAUGUUUUCAAUGAAGAUUACCACAAGAUGUACCCAGCUUGUGUCUGUGAGAUUCAUGCUGAGUCUGGGAAGUGUGAAUGGAGGAGAGUGCCUCAAUUGCCAUCACUCAUGAACAGGUUUCAUAAGGUCAUUAGCUUUUCUUCAACUGUUCCACUGCAUAGUAUUCUGGGUCAACGUGAACUUCAGUAACCCCACUGCCCAUCAUCAUAUCAUAUCCAACUAG